UACAGACUGUCAGGAUGAAAACUGAUGAACUAGAAGAUUUUUGUGGAUUGAGCCCAAAUAUGAAAUAAACAGAAAAAACAAACAAGCAAUUUCUUGUAGAAAAAGUCAUCUGUUUGUUUAUCCAUUUUUGAAAACCAUUUGAAAGGCAAAUGGCAAAAAAAAAAAAAAAAAAAAAAAAAAAAAAAUCCCUGUAUUUUUCAGUUUUCUUUCCUUUUCUCUCUAGGUCAUGAAUGAGGAUGUUGUUGGAACUUCUGCUUUCCUGUUCUUCUCUUUCAGCCUCAAGUGACAAUGGAGAAUGAUUCUUGCUGAAUGGAGUAGAUGACUUCAGACAACACUUCACACCAGAUAGACGACAAGGAAAGGAGCUUGGGUACAUGGAGUACAGGUAAGUAGCAAGAGGAGUCCUUGAGGUAAACAUUUAGGUCCUUUGAUGCAAACAAGACCAGACAAUGUGACUGUGUGUGAGUGUGUCUUAAGUAGUGCUGGUGAUGAGUGUGCUGAUGAGGUGCAGGUGACGGUGAUUAGUAUUCCGGGGAUGGUGUGCGCUGUGAUUGGAGGGUGCUGGAGCCUGGCGUGUCUGUGACAAGGAGUUUAAGAAAGAAGCUUCAAUCUCAUAUUCAUUUGCUGUUUCAUCUUUGUAUUUGUGCUGAUGAUCAAAGUGUCUCUGCAGGUCACAGUAGAAGCUGUUAUUGGUGGUUCAGUUGUCCUGCCGUGUUCUUCCACUGAACAUGAUCAUAAACUCCAAGACAUUGAUGUGCAUUGGAGAGACAAUAAUGACAAAAUUGUAUAUAGUAUAAUUGAGGGUAAAGAUUCUCUAGCAGAACAGAACCCAAAGUACAAGAACAGAGCUGAAACUUUCCCUGAUGAGUAUCUGAGAGGAAACUUCUCCAUCAAACUCAAUAAUCUCACUUACACUGAUGCAAGAAAAUACAUCUGCUACAUCACACAAUCAUCUGAACAGAAGACUGUACAGCUGCUCAUUAACAAUUCAACAGCAGAAAAAGUAAUCAAAUCCACUGAACAUGAAAACCAUGGAAAAGAUAAAGGAGCAAACAGUGUAGAGACAUCAUGGCAUGGGAUUGUAUCACAUUGUAUCAGCUGUAUUAUUGUUUAUAGUGGUUAUAAUGUGUUUCUUCAUUAUUUACUAUAAAAAAAGGAAUUCAA